AUGCAUAUCAUCUUGAGGGCUCUCUUUCUUUAUCUUCUUGCGUUAUCACGGUCCUGCGUAGGGUUUACUUUCACAUUACCACCAUCCCCUGUCUUUGUUGGCAAUGUCACAGACUUUCGGUGGAAUUGGAAUAGCUCAGACUUCCAUCAUAGUCUCUCAGGGGUGUUUAUGGCGUAUCUCGUUGUACGUCCACAAGAUUUUCAAUGUCCCCUUCGGCUGGAUGAUCCUGGAUUGGGGAUCGACACAAUAUCCAAGCUUUUCAAGACCUUUGCUACAGCCAGAAAUCCGAUUAAUGACACUGAAACAUCGGGAAACCUCAUUUUGACUCCAGAAAAUAUAGGACCACAUUUCAUCUGUUCUUAUGGAAAUGUCUCGACGAAUGAUGACGGCAACUUCUCCCCCGGAACACAACAGGACGGACUGAUCGAUCUCAAGGCCUUCUUUGGUUCUUUGGUAUUCCUUGGUCAGUCAAACACAUUCAAUGUCACUGCAGGAACGGAUCCUACAACUUCAACCUCUUCAACCUCCAACGCCGCUUCUCUGUCAACCUCCAACACCGCUUCUCCGUCAACCUCCAACGCCACUUCUCCGUCACCAAACACCGUGAGUGACGGGGACCGAAGUCAUGCCAAUGAUGGUCAUGAUAACGCCCCGGACAUUGCACCAAUUGUGGGAGGUGUUGUCGGAGGCAUCGCUCUUCUCUGUCUCAUCCUUUUCCUAUUUUGGCUCAAAAUCCAGCGCAAACUCAAACAGUUUCGCAAAAGCGGUAGCGGUUCCACAUUCAGUACGUAUUCAGAUCGUCCGGUUCUGCAUACUAUCACACCAUACGACGUGGGUCCUAUGGAGGCCGGAACUGCCACACGCAAGGCUGCAGGAACACCACGAGUGACCCAUCUUCGAUCAGGAGAGCUCGCUCGGCCUGUGCUAUCGCGACCAGGCUACCGUGACAACCAUGGUCAAACACUCUCUACUCCCGUUCCUGUCGUUGAUCCUCCAGUCUCACCACCUGCGGCCCACGAGAUUGAGGAUUCUCCGACAGCGGUCGCAGUGUUCAGCGAAACACCGAGAAGUCUAGGAUCUCCAGGACCUCCAGAUGAGCGAGGGAUUCGGGAGAUGAACUUUUCUACAGAACCUCAAUUCACCGUGAGGCACGCAGAUAGUGGAUGGAGACCCGCAAACAUACCAGAACCACAUUACGUUGAUGUACCGCCCGACUACGACGAGGCAAGGUAG